UGAUGCAAAUUGCAAAAAUGAAAAAAUGAGUGAAAAAUGUGAAUUUAUGAAUACGUUAAUGAAUGAGAAUUACUUGAAAAUAAUUCACUUCGCCCAGUUUUGGUUUCAACAUAAACGUAGUUCACUCAUCGCACUAUGUCUGCUUUUCUAAAACAAUAUUUGACCGAAAAAUUCACUAAAAUUUUAUCCUCAACUGCAGAAAGCAGUAAAGCUAUCAGUUUGAAGUUAUUAGUCGAUUGGUACGUCGAUGCUCCGCAGUGUACCACAUUUAGAAUAAAUACUUUACUUCACGACGCCGAAGAUGUUCUUCCACAAAUUGCCGAAGAAUUAAAAAAGAGAUAUAACUUGGAAUCAAGUCAGUUACCGAGUAUCAAAGUGCAUGAUACAAUUCCUGAAUGCAUUACCAUAGGUAGAUUAAACGAAGCUCAGCUAGACUUGAUCCCUGUACCAGAUGAAGUAAUUGUCGAUGCAUUUUGUGGAGCUGCGGUCCUCAGAGGAGCACAUGUAUUUGCUCCUGGUGUUUUAGGAAUGUUACCAGAUGUAUCAGUAGGCGCAAAGGUAUCAGUUUAUUCAGAUUUAUCUUCAAAAUGCCUUAGAGGAUACAAAAAACGAUAUGAAGCCGAAUCCAAAUUAUUCGUUGGUAAUGGAAUAGCUAUGAAAAACAGACAUCAAUUGUUCGAUGGAGGCAAACCAGAAAAAGGAAUAGCUGUUUUUGUUACCAAUCCUGUUUCCGGUGUUGUGAUGUUCAAUUCUCCCGAACAGCUAGGAGUUCUACAAAAUUUCCCAUCUAUGGUUUGUGUUAGAACUUUAGAUCCUAAACCGGGUGAGACUGUACUAGACAUGUGUGCUGCUCCGGGAAACAAAACAACCCAUAUAGCUGCUUUGAUGAAAGACGAAGGAAUACUGAUAGCUAUUGACAACCCCAAGAAAAUUGAUACCAUCGUGAAAAACUGUACCAAUUUGUCAAUACAAAAUUGUGUAAAAGCCUUCAAAGGAGAUUCUACAAAAUUAGUGAGCGACGAUGAACGUGAAAUCACCGAUGGUCCUCCAUUUUCCAUAAAUACCUUCGAUAAAAUCCUCCUAGAUGUGCCUUGCAGUGGUUUAGGUCAACGACCAAUGUUUCGAAUCAGAGUAGAUAAGACAUCCUUGAAAACUUUUCCUCCUUUACAGAAGAAAUUUGUUCGUAAUGCAGUGCGUUUAUUAAAACCUGGAGGUCACAUGGUCUAUAGCACAUGUUCUAUUUUAUGUGAAGAAAACGAAUGCGUUGUAGCUUGGAUUUUAGAAAAAUAUCCUGAAAUGGAAUUGGUUCCUUCGAAACCACAUUAUGGUGGACCUGGUUUACCUGACUGUGGUUUAAAUGAAGAACAGAGACAUAAAGUCCAACGCUUCGGACUCGGUACUUCAACUGAAGAUGACACUAUUGGAUUUUUCAUGGCGAAACUGAGGAAAAAACCCAGUGAAAUUUGAAGAAAAAAAUAAUUAAAAGUGAUUCCAGAUUCUUCAUUCUUGUGUGUGGUCGAAUCCUAAACGUCAUAAAGCUAGAUAUGAAAUUGAAGAAUUGAAAAUUGAGUAACAUUGAUGAUAAUGUUCUUUUCAAAAAAGAUGUCGAAAUUGAAAGAUCAACUUACGUAUUGAAUAAAGUUCGAUAAUUUUGUUCAAAAUACACGAAAACUUCGUUGAAAAAAAUAUAUAUAAUUGAUUUUUGUAA